UUUACCUUUCACAUUCUUCAACGCUCCUCCAUUUUUUCUCUUCACUUUUUCUUUUCUCUUACGAAAGCCUUUUUCUUUUGAAUUAUUAUUCUCCGGCGAUUCAAAUCGGAGCAUAAUCUGGGAUUAUAGGGUCUAGUCUUGACGGAUCUCCGGCUUCUGCAGAUGUCUUCGUACUGGUGUUACCGGUGUACGAGAUUUGUUAGAAUUUCAGCUGGGAACGACGUUGUUUGUCCUCACUGUGAUAGUGGAUUUAUUGAAGGUGCUGAGGGUAAUAUUGGGUCGCCGGAAUCUCGACGGAGGUUUCCUAUGUGGAAUGACCGGCCAGAGUUAGAUCGGAGUGUGAACAUGGGUUCUCGCCGGAGCAGGCGUAAUCGUGGUGAUAGAUCUCCGUUCAACCCAGUUAUUGUUCUUCGUAGUCCAUCUGAAGCUCCAGGGGAGGAUGAAGCUGCUGCUGCUGCAGAGGAACGGAGUUACGAGCUUUACUAUGAUGAUGGUGAAGGUUCAGGUCUCCGGCCGUUGCCGCCGACGAUGUCGGAGUUUUUGAUGGGAUCUGGGUUUGAUCGGUUACUUGAUCAGUUAGCACAGAUCGAGGUAAAUGGUUUUGGUCGGCCGGAAAAUCCACCGGCGUCGAAAUCAGCGAUUGAAUCGAUGCCAAUUAUUCAUAUAGCUUCGAAUCAUGUAAAUUCCGAGACCCAUUGCGCUGUUUGUAAAGAAGCUUUCGAUUUAGGAUCUGAAGCUCGAGAAAUGCCAUGUAAACACAUCUACCAUUCCGAUUGUAUUCUUCCAUGGCUGUCUCUCCGAAAUUCGUGCCCCGUUUGCCGACACGAAUUACCGGCGGAAUCAACGGAAACUACAAACCUCGACAACAUUGCUCGUCCUAGAAACGAGGAAGAAGCAAUGGGAUUGACAAUAUGGAGACUUCCCGGAGGUGGGUUUGCCGUGGGAAGAUUUUCCGGUGGAAGAAGGGGAGCUGAGAGAGAACUUCCGGUAGUUUAUACAGAAAUGGACGGUGGAUUUAACAAUGGGGUACCUAGAAGAAUAGCUUGGACAUCAAGAAGGAGCAAUACAGGUCGAAAUAGAAGUGGAAUAACCCGAAUUUUCAACAAUUUCACAUCAUUUUUCCGGCGAUUAACACCGUCUUCUCAACGCCGAUCUUUAUCCAUACAUUCCACUAGUUCGGAUUCAUCCGGGUCUGGUUCUGGAUCUGCUGUUUUCAGGAGCCGGAGUGUGUCAACUACUUCAAUAUUCAGUAGGUAUUUGAGAAGAAGCAGAAGAAAUUGGGUACCAGAAGAACAUAAUGGAGUAACCAGAUGGUAAUUUUACUUUGAGGGAAAAGAAAUGCCAAUUUUCAAUCAUUACUUGCACAAUUGUUUCAUAGAGCAGUCGACUAGAAGCGGAACAAGAAUAGAAUGUGUCAUUUGUAGAGCAGUCGACUAAAGGAAGAAGACAAUAUGUCGUUUUUCAAUUAUUACUUGUUGAGUCGGAGCACUAAGAAAAGAGAAAAUUCAUUUUAGAGCAGUCGACUAGAACUACAAGAUUAGAAAUAUGGCAUAAUUUCUCAGAAAGAGUCUUCAUUUUGUGGGGAAUAUGUAAAUAGAGAAGGCUUUGAUAUUGAAUUCAAUACAUUUUUAGUGUAAUUUUGUUGAAUUUUAGCAGUAUUAUAAGUAAUAGAAAGACAAUUGUAGCUU